CGCCUGCGAAAAGAAGUUCAGUGGCUGCGAAGUUGAAACAGUGAUAAGAGCCACGAGGCUCAGCGACGCGGCGCCGAGCGGGCAGCGCGACGCGCUCCCCCUGUCCCAGGCGCGGAGUGCGCCCCUCCCGGGUCCCGCCCGAGCUCCGGGCGGAGCGUGCUGGCUGCUCGGCCCCGGGGAGUUCUCGGUGCGUCUGGCCCGUGGCGAGGCCCGGCUCCCGUGGCAGAGUGCUUGGAGGAGACUGGAGCCUCUUUAGGAAGAAUGGAGUUGGCUACUCGCUACCAGUGAAGAAGAAUUCAGGCUGAUUCCACCUUAACUUGUUGACCAAACAGCAGCACCGCUAAAAAAAGAGACAGCCAGACCUUACAUGCUUUCCAAAGGAAGAACGUCUACAAACACUUAAGCAGUCUUGGCAAAAGCAAGCAAACUAGAAGUGAGCCUCCAGAUUGAACUCCCAAAUUAUAGAAAACCCAAAUGAGCCUGUUAAACACCACCUUGGGCUGCAAAAAAAAAAAAAAAUAACUUCAGACUUGGGCAAACUUCACAGUCAAAUUACCCAGUUUCUUCGCAAAUAAACUGCAAGAGAAAAAUAAAGGAGCGAUGAGAAGAGAUUUAUGAGCCAUGUUGAUCAGUGUGUGACUCUUACUUGGAUCAUGAUGCAGAUAAACUCAGCUUUUAAAAAAUGAGGCAGAAGAAUUGUGAACACAGACUGCGCAUUUGAUGAUGCUGCGGAGUGACAUGAUCCCUAAAGAAGUGGCUGAUAUCUUUAACGCCCCCAGUGAUGAUGAAGAGUUCGAGGGCUUCCGAGAUGAUGUUCCCAUGGAAACCCUCUCGUCAGAGGAGAGCUGCGAUAGUUUUGACUCACUGGAGUCAGGGAAACAGCAGGAUAUGCGCUUUCAUUCCAAAUACUUCACGGAAGAGCUAAGAAGAAUUUUUAUAGAGGACACUGACUCAGAGACUGAGGAUUUUACAGGAUUUACACAGAGUGAUCUGAAUGGAAAGACUAACCCAGAAGUAAUGCUCGUGGAGUCAGAUUUGAGUGACGACGGCAAAGCAUCUUUGGUGAGUGAGGAAGAGGAAGAUGAAGAAGAUAAGGCUACCCCAAGAAGAAGCAGGUCUCGAAGAGGUAGUAGUAUUGGUCUUCGAGUAGCCUUUCAGUUCCCCACCAAGAAGCUGGCCAACAAACCAGAUAAAAACAGUUCUUCUGAGCAGCUGUUUUCUAGCUCAUGCUUACAGAGUGAGAAAAAAGCAGUUCUUGGAAGAAAGAAAGGCCGUAGACAGGUGAUACAAAGGGAAGAUUCUACUUCUGAGUCUGAGGAUGACUCUCGGGAUGAGAGCCAGGAGAGUUCGGAUGCUCUGCUGAAGAGGACCAUGAACAUCAAGGAGAACAAAGCCAUGCUUGCUCAGUUAUUGGCGGAAUUGAACUCAAUGCCAGAUUUCUUCCCAGUACGAACCCCGACCUCAGCUUCUAGGAAGAAAACAGUGAGGCGGGCCUUCUCAGAGGGACAGAUCACACGGCGCAUGAACCCGACCCGGAGUGCGCGGCCUCCUGAGAAGUUUGCUCUAGAGAACUUCACUGUCUCAGCCGCCAAAUUUGCAGAAGAGUUUUACAGUUUCCGAAGAAGGAAGACAAUUAGUGGGGGGAAAUGCCGGGAGUAUAGACGACGUCACCGUGUAUCUUCUUUUCGGCCAGUGGAGGAUAUCACUGAAGAGGACUUAGAAAAUGUUGCCAUAACUGUUCGAGAUAAAAUCUAUGAUAAAGUUCUGGGUAACACAUGCCAUCAGUGUCGACAGAAGACCAUCGACACCAAGACGGUGUGUCGGAACCAGGGUUGUGGUGGUGUGCGGGGACAGUUCUGUGGACCAUGCCUGCGGAACCGCUAUGGGGAGGAUGUCAGAUCAGCAUUGCUGGACCCGGAUUGGGUGUGUCCUCCCUGUCGUGGGAUCUGCAAUUGCAGCUACUGUCGGAAGCGUGAUGGCCGUUGUGCCACAGGGAUCCUCAUUCAUCUGGCGAAGUUUUAUGGUUAUAACAAUGUUAAGGAAUAUCUGGAGAGCUUACAGAAGCAGCUGGUAGAAGACAAUUAAGAGGAAAAUGGAACUAGCCACCUCGCCAUAGACGACUCCAGUGAGACAUGCAUACCAUUUGUGCCUAAGAUUUUUUACAGUUGUGUUUUUAUAUAGAAAUUCUUCAUAGAGAUUACUGUUUCUAAAUACUAUUUUUUAAAAAGAUUGUUUAUAUGCUUACAGAGAUUUCUCAGGAAGACAACAGAGCAGAGGAAUCUAUAUAGUUGUAUACACAGACCUGUUUGUUUGUAUGCUGUAUUUUGUUAAAAGUAUCUGCCAAUGAUUAAAAAGCACAAUUUAAACUUUAAACAGAGUGGAGUUAAAGUUCAGGUAAGUUAGAAAGCAUUGUAUGAGCAGCUCCUGAUGAUCUUUCACUUCCCAGACAGUAACUCCAGGCCAAGUUUGAACAGGGGUCCUAUAUCCUUUAGUUUGCUGUAGCAUGAGUGACCACAGUUCAGCACACCACAGGUACCAUUUAACCUGCUCUGGGUCAUUGGAAAUUUAUACUGAACAAAGUGCAGUUUAACCACAGAACAUGAGUACUACAGUUUUAUUGUUAUUAAAAGUUGACGGAACAGAAGGGGACCAUCAAUGUUGUAGACACUGGAGGGCUCGGGGUACCAGCCUUUAUCUUCAGGACUCACCUGGGGCCUGCUGCUUCUAUAUUUUGAAAAGAAUAUAGGGGGUAAUAAUUUUUAAUUUAAUUUCCUGUUUAAAAGUCCCCCUUCUUUUUUUUGUGGCUGCAUUGCUUUUUUUAGUUGUAUAUUUAGAUGUACUUAUGGAGUCUCAUUCUGUCCCCUAAGCUGGAGUGCAGUGGCACCAUCUCAGGUCACUGCAACCUACCAGUUUCAUGUGAUUCUUUUGCCUCAGCCUCCGCAUAGCUGGGAUUACAGUUACAUGCCACGCUAAUUUUUUGUGAAUACAGGGUUUCACCAUGUUAGCCAGGAUUGUCUCGAACUCCUGACCAAGUGCUGGUAUUACAGGCGUGAGCCACCGUGCCUGGCCUCAGAUGUACUUUUUUGUCUUGAGGGAGCUAUGGGGUUUUAGAGGGAAAGCUACAAUGGACAUAGAUUCGGUCUCUACUAUUUUUUCUGCAUUUGCUGAUUUUUCUCUCCCCUUUACUUUUUAAGGAUAGUGUUGAAAAAAAAGAGAAUGCAUUGUGUGAGGUACUAAAACCUUAUAAUAGGAUACAUUAAGGUGCAUAGGAACAGUGCAGCAACACAAUAGAAAAUCCUCACUGCACUCCAGCCGAGGCUAGAGGAAUGCCAGUGUUAUCUUACGCUUCUAGCAGCAGAGCCACUCCAGCCAGAACCCAUUUUGCAGUCUUCUCUUUGCUUUUCAGCCUGAAGGUCCAGAUGUAGCUAGGGCCUCUCAGUUUGGUUCUGUACACUGGACAGUCGUAGGUUUGUCUGGUUUCUUGUCUGUCCACAAGGGUGGCCUUUGCAAAGAUGACCGGCAUUGUGCAUGUCAGCUCCUUGAGACGGGCUUCGACAAUGGUUCCUGAGUGGGUGUCCCAUCGGGCGCCUAUGGCAAACACACAACGGUUGCAAUUGUGUGGCAUGUUGCUACUGAUGAUCUAGUUGUUUGAUGCAAUAAACAUUCUGGUUUUGUCACA